AUGGGCACCAAGGCGACGCAACUGCGGCAGACGACCCCCCCCACGGGCCGCAGCCCGCCUGCGCCAGUCCGCGCAGUCGCCCAUGGCUGGCGCGAUCCUUCCUCCAAUCGAUUCAAUCAAUCCAAUCGAUGCCCCACGGCAUGGCAAGCGAGGCAUGUGGGGCCGCGUGGGGCGAGCCUCGCCCCCCGGGUGGCCGACGCGCGCUCUGGGGAGCCUCCAGUGGCGGAGGAGGCAUUGGAGGGAGAUCUGGAUGGCCUGCCGCUGCCGCCGCUGUCCAAAGGGCCUCCGCUGGUUGGCGACUUUUUUACAUUCAUAGCCAACCAAACGCAGUACUCCGUUGAGCGCGUCAAGGAGCUCGGGCCAGUCUUUCGGCUGAAGAUUUUUGGGUUCAACUGCGUGGUGAUCACGGGGGAUGCCAACCUGAGGCGGGUGCUGCAGGACGAAAGGGAUUUGUUGAAGGCGGUGACCACCAAGGCUCAGCUGUUUUUGCAGGGGAGCAGCAGCCUCAGUGUGCUGGACGGGCCGCCGCACACGCGGGUAAGGAGGCUCACCGCCCCCAGCUUCAGCAUGGCCGCGCUCGGAACCCACAUCUCGGACAUACAGGCGACAGCGAUGGAUUUUUUUUCGGAGUGGGCUGAACAGCCGUCCGUAAAAUUCACAGACGAGGCAAGGCGGUUGACAUUUCGAGUUAUCAGCGACGAUAUCCUCGGAAUGGACCUGUCGGCUGGGGAAGCCCAGCUCAUUGCAGACUUCACCAAAUACAUCCGUGGCAUUUUUUCGUUCGGCAUCAAUUUGGGGCCAUUCACAAAGUAUGGCAGGGCAGUGCGCAGCAAGGAGCGGAUGUUGAAGUCGGUGGACAAGGGAUUGGAAGAAGCGAAGAGGGCCGCGGAGGCUGGUGGGGGAGGGACGAGGGGCCCAAAAUUGCUUGAGAAGCUGUGGAAGUUUCGAGAUGAGGAGACAGGGGAAAGGCUGACAGAGGACGAGAUCCGCGACCAGGUCCUGCUGCUGCUGGUCGCGGGCUAUGCCACCACCGCCAACACCCUCAUCUUCCUCAUGCUGGAGCUCGGCCGCAAUCCCCAAGUACUGGAAAGGCUGCGGGAGGAGCAGGCGGCCGUGGUGGCUGCCCACGGCCCCGGCAUGAGCCUCGAGGCUCUGGAGGCCAUGCCGUACGCGGAGGCAUGUGUCAAGGAGGGCCUGAGGGUGAACGUCGUGGUGCAUGGCCCACCGCGCAAAGUGGUCACCGACUUUGAGAUCGAGGGAUACCGGGUGCCUGCCGGGUGGACGGCCUUUCCACUGAUCGGCCACGUCACAAAACACGGAGACAGCAGGUGGCCGGGGGAGCAUGACGUCUUCAAUCCUGACAGACAUCUCACUGAGGAGGGUCGGAAGCCAGGGUCUUGGGUGCCCUUCGGUCUGGGCCCCCACGUGUGCCUGGGCCGCAAUCUAUCUAUUCUGGAGGCCAAGAUAUUUUUGGCCACGCUGGCCAGAUACUUUGAAGCAUCCAUCAACGAUCUUUAUCCAGAGUACAGAACACAGCCUAGAGAGCCGAAAGACGGGCUGCCGAUCACCUUCACGCGGCGCAGCAUUGAAUGA